AUGGCCUCUACUACUAAUUUCUUUAUUAUUCUUCUCUUUAUCAUCUCUUUUUCCUUCUUCUUAUUUCUCCUUUCCUACUUUGUUAGACUAAAGUUUUUAUGCAAAUGUGAAAUUUGUCAAUGUUACAUGACAUCAAGUUGGUACCCUCAAUUCACAAAUUUAUGUGAUUGGUAUACUCAUCUUCUUCAAAAAUCCCCUACUAGAACUAUUCACAUCCAUGUUCUUGGUAACACCAUCACCGCAAACCCUAAAAAUGUUGAAUACAUGCUCAAAACAAGAUUUGAUAAUUUUCCAAAAGGGAAAAAUUUCUCAACUAUCUUAGGUGAUUUUCUUGGUAGAGGUAUUUUCAAUGUGGACGGAGAUUUAUGGCAAUUUCAAAGGAAAAUGGCUAGUCUUGAACUCAGACGAAGUUCAAUAAGAUCAUUUGCAUUUGAAGUAAUGAACACUGAAAUCCAAAAUAGACUUAUCCCAUUAUUAGCUUGUGUUGCUAAUAAUAAAGAUAAGAUUUUGGAUUUACAAGAUGUUUUUAGGAGAUUUUCUUUUGAUUGUAUUUGUAGAUUUUCCUUUGGAUUAGAUCCAAAGUGUUUGGAAUUAUCACUUCCAAUUUCACAAUUUGCUAUUUCCUUUGACUUAGCUUCACAAUUAUCAGCUAAAAGAGCUAUGCAUGUGUCUUCAAUUGUAUGGAAAAUCAAGAGAUUUUUCAACAUAGGGAGUGAAAGGAAGUUGAAAAAAGCCAUCAAAUUGAUUAACAUACUAGCACAAGAAGUCAUAAGGCAACGUCGAAAAUUAGGGUUUUCGAAUCAUAAGGAUCUUCUAUCAAGAUUCAUGCAAGGGGAUAUCGUCAAUGAGAUGUAUUUAAGAGAUAUUGUGAUUAGUUUCCUCCUAGCUGGACGAGACACGGUGGCAUCUGCAUCAACAAGCUUGUUUUGGCUACUCGCGGAGAAUCCACGAGUAGCUGAGAGAAUUAGAGAUGAAGCAAAUGAAGUUCUUGGACUAAAUCAAGAACUCAGAAGUUGUGAACAAUUGAGAGAUCUUCAUUAUUUACAAGCAUGUGUUUAUGAGAGUAUGAGACUUUACCCUCCAAUCCAAUUUGAUUCUAAGUUUUGUUUGGAAGAUGAUUUUUUACCUGAUGGGACUUUUGUUAAAAAGGGAACUAGGGUUACUUAUCAUCCUUAUGCUAUGGGAAGAAUGGAAGAAUUAUGGGGAGUCGAUUGUUUAGAAUUCAAGCCAGAGAGAUGGAUUAAUAAAGACGGUGUUUUUUCCCAAGAAAACCCUUAUAAGUAUCCAGUUUUUCAAGCUGGGGUAAGGGUUUGUUUGGGUAAAGAAAUGGCUCUUGUUGAGCUUAAAAGUAUGGCUCUUUCAUUCCUCCGACGAUUUAACGUUGAAUUAGCUCAUCCAUCACACCAUAUUCCUCGAUUCUCUCCUGGUCUAACCACCUCAUUACGUGGCGGUUUGCCAGUGUUUGUGAGAGAAAUUAAGAAUACUACUUAA